CACCUCGCUGCCUGUCGCUCCCACUAGCAGCAGCAGGCACCGCCUACCCUCCCUCGACCUCGAGGCUUCACGCUUCAGGGAUCAGGCCCAUCCUCCUGUUUCUGUUCCUGCUACUGUGCUCUUCUCAUCUUUCUCUCACAUCGCUUUCUUAUCGGACCCCUCCCUUACGAAGUCCAGACUCCAGAGACCUCUCUCGUCGUCGCCGAAGCAUCACUCGCAGCUGCCCUCGCCACUUGCCGCCGCCCGUGCUCUACAUCUCUCUCUAGCUAGCUGUCGCAGCCACAUCUUUCCGGCUUGUACCACUCGAUUUGCUAAGUGUUGUCUCUCUUUCUCGCGACCAAGCUCCUCAUGUCGCUUGGCAAAAGAGACAUGAGUCAGGAGCGCCUGUACCAAGAUCGCAAGGACGUGCCGCCCAUCCACUUCACCACGCCGCCGCCGCCGCCAUCCCACCACCACCCCCAGCAGCACGGUAGACACGGUGAGCAGCAGCAGCAGCUGGAGUGCUUCUCCGAUGAGGUGGACAGCCGCGGGAGCGCCGAGCGGAAGGAGCCCGCCAGUGGUGGGGCACCGGUGGUGCCGGGUGGCGGCGACGACGGGGCGAGCAUCGAGUUGUCCAAGAAGCGGAGGGGCCGGCCCCCGGGGUCCAAGAACAAGCCGAAGCCGCCCGUGGUGGUCACGCGGGAGGCGGAGCCGGCCGCCGCGAUGCGCCCCCACGUGAUCGAGAUCCCCUGCGGCUGCGACGUGGCCGACGCGCUCGCUCGCUUCGCGGCACGGCGGAACCUCGGGAUCUGCGUGCUCGCGGGGACGGGCGCCGUCGCCAACGUGUCGCUCCGCCACCCGUCGCCCGGCGGGCCCGCCGUCAUGUUCCACGGGCAGUACGAGGUCCUGUCCAUCUCCGCCACGUUCCUGCCCCCCGCCAUGUCCGCCGUGGCGCCGCAGGCCGCCGCCGCCGCCGCGUGCCUCUCCAUCUCGCUGGCGGGGCCGCACGGGCAGAUCGUCGGCGGCGCCGUGGCCGGCCCGCUGUACGCCGCGUCCACCGUCGUCCUCGUCGCGGCCGCCUUCACUAACCCCACCUUCCACCGCCUCCCAGCGGACGACGACGCGUCCGUGUCCGUGUCCGUCUCCGUCUCGCUCUCCGCCGGCAGCGGCGAUCCAGCAGACGAGCACCGAGGCGGCCACCAAGACCGCAGGGAGCAGCCGCCGCAAGAGCAUCGUCCUCUCGCCGUACGGCGCCAGCCCGCGCCGCACCCUGCCUCGGCAGCGCAGACCGUGGAGCCGUGCGGACCACCGGAUGUGCCCAUCUACGCCGCUUGCCACCCGCAGCCGCAUGACGUGAUGUGGCCGCCGCCACCUCGCGCGCCGCAAAUGCCGCCGCCGUACUGAUCGCGUACUCGGUGAUCAAUCGUCGAUUCGUCGGUGGUACGUGUCUACUACUGCACUCGCUCUACAUGUGAGCAGGUUAGUGACGUGACGCGGUGCGCGCUCCCGCGCUCCAUCUACAUUGACCUUAGCUGCUGGCCAGCUCCUAGCUAGCUAGGGUUUAACUCUCCCUUUUCGCGUUGAUCUGCAUUACAAGAAGAUCGCACGCUGCUGCUAUUGUUUCUUUCAAACUAAUUGGAACAAGCAGUGCAUGAGUUCUUGUGAUCU